AUGGCUGAAUUCACUUGUUUUAAUGCCCGUCUGUCUAGAAGAGAACUCUACGUUCAGGUAGAUGAAGAAAUUGAACCUAUGUCAAAUAUUAACCAUUCAGAUGGAGAGGUGAUAAAAGGUUUUUUUAAAUUGGAGCAAUUAUUAAAGGAUGAAAUGAGACACUGGUGGGACAGUGUCUCAUUAAAAAAGUAUUUGACUAGUAAACAGAUCCCACGAGGAUUAAGGAUCUUUAAAACAUUAGGGAUACAAGAUGAUCCAACAUUACUUUCAAAUUGGGAUCGUAGUCUUGAUGAAUGUUCAUUUAAAUUAAUUGAACUACUAGUUAAUUAUAGAGAGAAAAAAGUUAUUGAGAUUGGGAAGAAAAUAGAAGAAAUUAAGGGUACGUUGAUUAAAUAUAAGGAUCUACCCAUCUUUUCAGAAAGAGAUAAAAAUACUAAUAAACGAGUAGAACAAUUUGAAAAAGAGCUAGUAGAAACUAAAAAUAAAAAACUGUUGAGAGAUGAUAACGAUUAUAAAGAUGAGAAGCCUCUUUCACCUCCUUCCACCAUUUCUGUACCAUCUGCACACGAGGGGAGCAGUACAAGUAAAGAUGGUGAUGAUAAAGGCAUAAUAGAAUUUGUGGAUUCGUGUGUGAAAGUGGAACAGGUUGAGGGGGAUACAAUCAUCGUCAAUAAAAGCUACAGCUGUGAGGGUCUAGGACUGCAGGAAAUACCAGACAGCCUACCCACCAGCAUUGAGAGUCUGGAUUUCAGUUUUAACAUACUCUUUGCUCUCUAUCAGUGGACUUUCGGUCAUCUAGAAAAACUGGAAUAUUUAGAUUUAUCAAGAUGCUGUAUCACCUGGAUCCAUGAAGAUGUCUUCAGGAACAAUACAAAGCUUCACACAGUUAUGCUGACGGGGAAUCCAAUACUGUACAUCGCAGAUUCUGCUUUUGUAGGAGCCACAUCUCUACGACAUCUUUACUUGCAGGAAACUUCUAUAUUGGACUUAGAAUUUGUUCCGAUUAUAAACUUACCAAACUUAGAAACUUUGCACGUGGGAAGCAAUUCUAUCUCAUCUAUAAAACUUCCGGAAGGUUUAACUUUAAAGAACUUGAGGACCAUGAACUUUGAAUUAAACCGUAUAAACAAAAUAACGGUAGAAGAUUCACAGUUUCUAAAGCAAAUCAACAAUUUGACUCUAAUUUUAAAGGGAAAUAAUAUUGAGUACAUUGAGCCAAACUCUUUCAACACAAGUAACUUCUACAGUUUGGAUCUGAUGGGCUGUGCCUGGAAGACAGACUUGUCCUUGCUUGUAAAUGGACUUAACGGUCUAACAACCAACAUCCUUAAAAUUGGCACAUUUAUAGACAUCAAUACAGAGAUGGAUAUUUUCCCACAGAGUCUAGGAGGUCUGUGUAAUGUUUCAGCAAAGCAAGUCAGUCUUCAGGUCAGACAAUUUACUGAUGAGUCACCUCAAACAUUUUCAUGUUUGACCAAGACUGAAAUUUUGGAUUUCACAUAUACUCACAUAGUUUCACUUCCACGUUUGACCAAUGGUCCCGUGCUAAGAGAACUCAUUUUAAAUGAAAAUAAAUUCAGCAGCCUCUGCAAUAUAAGCUCAAAUAGUUACCCACUUCUCAUGCAUCUACAUAUAGUUGGAAAUUUUCACACUUUGGAUUUGGGAGCUGGAUGUUUGAAGGAUCUAUCAAGACUUCAAUAUCUUGACCUGAGCCACAAUGACUUUGGACAAAUGGCAUGCUGCAGUGCUCAGUUUACUGGGUUACAUAGUCUCAAUCACUUGAAUCUGAGUUAUGGAUCCAUCCUUUCCUUAGACAGCCCGGCCUUUCCAGAGAACGAUCAGCUAGAAGUUCUCGAUUUCACACAUGCCCAUUUAUUGACAGGUAAAUCUGUAAGUCCUUUCAGCAAUUUAGCUAAUCUGAGAGUCCUCAACCUGUCUCAAAGUUAUGUUAAUACCAGCAAUAUACAUUUGUUUGAUGGUCUAAAGAACCUUAUUUUCCUAAAUAUGGACAAAAGUUCAUUUCAAAAUGCAACUCUCCGGAGGAACAAUCUCUUCUCAAAUGUUGUAAAGCUUGACAAACUAAUAUUAUCUAACUGUGAUUUACAAACCAUAGAGGGAGAGGCCUUCCUAAAACUGUUGCACUUAAAGUAUGUGGACCUAAGUCACAACAAACUAACCUUAUUUAGCACAAAUGCAUUUUGGAAUCUGAGUCACAUUUACUUAAAUUUAGCUUUCAACAUGAUCACAACUAUUCCUAUUGGAUUGCUGCAGAAUAUAACAGAUGAAAGCACCAUCAAUUUAAGCCAAAAUCCCAUUGAUUGCUCAUGUUCCAAUGUUGAAUUUUUAUCCUGGUACAAAAAACAUGAAAACAUUUUUGAAGACAAGACAAAGACCCUAUGUGGGUCUCCACCAUCGCUAAAUGGUACAGAGCUGUCUAAAGCUACAGUCAUUUGUGGAAUGUCUACCUCAUAUUUAAUAUUAAUCAUCAUACUUGUAUUGGUAGGUGCAAUGUUAGUAGCAGUGUUCAUUAUAAAGCUGUACAAGAAAAGAAUGUAUUCUUCCAUUUAGUCACCAUAUUUAACUGUUCCAUGUAAAUAUUUCUUAUCAAUGACUCAAAUUAGGUCUGUAAAUAAAGUUAUUGA